AUGAGGCGUUUUAAAUAAGUGGCAGAGUGUUUGUCAGGUUAUAUCUGAUGGCUCGGAUUCAAAACAAGUUGAGACUGAACUUUAACGUUGCGCGCCGGUUUGCCAAGAGUCAUUUCCCCCAAAUGUGACAGCGUUAUUUGAGACUCAUAGGUGCUGCCACCCCCAGCUAUUCCAGGUGCAGUGAAUAAUUGAGCCAAACACGCCCGAGGCGACAAAGUUGUUUAUUAGAAUACAUUCGAAUAAAAGAGAUGAAACUAAUGAGUUCUAACCGCGCCGAACUCUCACAGUAAAUAAAAUACGAGGUGCGUUUACCCUUCAAACUGGAAUUUAAAAAAAAAAAAAAGAAAAAAAAAGCGUUCAGCAGCAGUCGUCUGCGUCCUCCUCGCCAGUGCGCAUGCGCUAGUGGCACUUUCACUACCUGCCACACAAUCCUGUAUUUCACAUGGGGCAAGCGGGAGUUAUCAUCCACUUGCGUAAAUGCUGCUGCUGAGAGCUGGUUGACAGUCUCAGGCGACAAGAGGAAAACAAGACAGAGUAUUUUUUUUUCUUCCAUCCUCUUUACCGAAGGCGUAUCACUGAUGGAUGUCAGCAUGAAGCAGGGAACAUUUGUGCACUCGUAAGGACGCUUCCACUGGUACUUUUCAGAAGAUAAUCGACGGGGAGAUGAAGAAUUAAAGUCUCAAAGAGUUUGUGCCGACAUGUCUAAACCAAUGGAUCACGUAAAACGUCCAAUGAAUGCUUUCAUGGUUUGGUCCAGAGCCCAGCGCAGAAAAAUGGCUCAGGAAAACCCGAAAAUGCACAACUCCGAGAUCAGCAAGAGACUGGGAGCGGAGUGGAAACUUCUCACCGAGUCUGAGAAAAGGCCAUUCAUCGACGAAGCCAAGCGACUGAGAGCGAUGCACAUGAAGGAACACCCAGACUAUAAAUACAGACCGAGGCGGAAGCCCAAGACUCUGAUGAAGAAAGAUAAGUUUUCUUUCCCUGUGCCGUACAAUCUCGGGGAGCACGACGCGCUCAAAGUUAACGGGCUUUCCAGUGGAGCACUUUCCGAGUCUGUCCUUGGGAACCCUGAUAAGGCAGCGGCAGCCGCUGCGGCCGCGGCGGCGAGGGUAUUCUUCAACCCGUCCAUGGCUACGAACCCCUAUUCCUUUUUUGACCUGGGAUCCAAGAUGACUGAGCUUUCCCCACCUUCGUUUCCGUACGCGUCACCUUUGGGCUAUCCGCCGGGAGGCGCUUUCGCCGGGACUGGCGGUGUAGGUGGCGGGACGCACACCCACACUCACUCACAUCCGUCCCCGGGAAACCCGGGCUACAUGAUCCCGUGUAACUGUACGGGCUGGCCCUCAACAGGACUCCAGCCGCCCUUAGCAUACAUCCUGCUCCCCGGGAUGGGAAAACCUCAACUUGAACCGUACCCCGCAUACGCUGCGGCGUUAUGAUAGGCCCACGUCGGACUUCUAAGAAAUGAAAUGUGAAAUCAAAACAAAACAAACAAACAAACAAAAAAAGCUAUUCAUGCAAGAGUUUUAUUAUGCAUGCACAAACUUGUACAUGUGAUGAAGUGCUCGUCGUCUCAGAUAUCACAUGUGUAUGUAUAUUGAUUAAUACCUUUAUCUAAGGUAAUGCUUAUUUAGAGAACUCUCUAAUCUAUUAUUACUACCCAGCCAUCACCUCACACAAGCCCGAGGAAAAGGACUAAAGGAUGGCAGACAUGCACACAUUUUAGACAAAUGGGUAUCAGUCCGUGUGCAAAUUCAUUUUCAAAGGUACCCUGUUCGAUUUCUAUCUUUUGCACCUGCUCGACUAACCUGUUGGAAUCAAGGGCAGCAUAGUGACCACGCUGAUCAGGAUCACUCCAUUUCCUCCCAGAUACGUUAUUGUUGGGUUCUAAUUCAUCUGUCAAGGAGGAUUGUCACAACACUGUAAAUGUGUACAGAUAAAAUGACUUUAGUUAAUUUGCCGUUAUAGGCUUAGUGUUUGAGAUAGGGCCAGGAACCUGCGUAUUUCACUAGAACCCCCCCGGUGUAUAUUUUGAGUUUUUAAGCCGUUUUCUAGAUGUCUGUAAUAUUUAUUGUUUAGUGGAAUCUAUGGUGACCCAGGCAAUUUUAAAAAGGACAAAACUAGUUCUGUAAUAUUUGCACAUGAAACGUAGAGGAUGUAAUUUAUUUUGAAGGUGAUACUCAAUUUCAGUGCAUUUCGACUUUCGGAUUUGAUUCACCAAACCGUAAGCAGUAAAAAAAAAAAUAAAAACAAAAAAAAAAACUUUAAAUGCAGAUGGAAGUUUAAUCAGUGGGUCUAUAAUUUUCUCGAUCCAUCACCCUCCCACUCCCCGUAUCAUGUGCAGCAGAAAAAAAGACGUUUUUGACUAACUCUUAUGGAAUUUGUAUGUUUUGUGCUUUCUUUAACCUCCGUUAUGUACUUCAAACUAUUGCUACUGUUCACUUGUUGAGCGAAGGACUACAAUAAAGCGUAUUCGGAUUAAACGGAA